UGCAGCACGACAUAAAAGCCUUUGGUCCGUGAUUUUGGGCUUUAGUGGAGCUUGUGCUGCCAUUGAAAAAAAAGAAAAACACGCAGAGAUGGGCUUUUAUUUUUCCACUGAGACAUGGACCCUCCUGGUGGCUUUCAUCACACUGACCGUUGUGUAUGUCUGCUGGCCAUUUGCUACAUUUAAGAAAAUGGGCGUCCCUGGUCCAACACCAAUCCCUUUUUUUGGGACCAUGUUGGCAUAUAAAAAGGGAUUCACUGUCUUUGACGAGAAUUGCUUCAAGAAAUAUGGAAAAACAUGGGGCAUAUUUGAUGGCCGUCAGCCCGUGCUGUGCAUCACAGAUCCGGCCAUGAUCAAAACUGUUCUGAUAAAGGAGUGUUACUCUCUCUUCACCAAUCGCAGAAACUUCCGUCUGAACGGGGAGCUUUACGAUGCUGUGUCAAUCGCUGAGGACGAUCAGUGGAGGAGGAUCCGCAGCGUUCUCUCUCCCUCCUUCACCUCAGGGAGACUGAAGGAGAUGUUUAGCAUAAUGAAGCACCACUCUGCUAACCUGCUCAGCAGCAUGAAGAAGAAGGCAGACAAGGAUGAGCCCUUAGAGAUGAAGGAGUUCUUUGGACCCUACAGUAUGGAUGUAGUGACCAGCACAGCCUUCAGUGUCGACAUUGACUCACUCAACAACCCCUCAGACCCUUUUGUCACAAACAUCAAGAAGAUGCUGAAGUUUGAUUUUUUUAACCCUGUCUUCCUCACUGUUGCUUUUUUUCCCUUCAUGGGUCCUAUUUUUGAGAAGUUGAAUUUUGCAUUUUUCCCUGCUGCGGUCACUGAUUUCUUUUACGCUGCACUGCAGAAGAUCAAGACUGGUCGAGAGCAAAGCAAGCAAAAGAGUCGAGUGGAUUUCCUUCAGCUGAUGAUUGACUCCCAGAAAACCCACGAUUCCAGUAAAGUGGAAGAGGACAAAGGUUUAAGCGAUCAUGAGAUCCUCUCUCAAGCAAUGAUUUUCCUGUUUGCUGGCUAUGAAACAAGCAGCAGCUCUCUCAGUUUCUUGGCUUAUAAUCUGGCGAUGAACCCUCAGAUCAUGAAACGGCUGCAAGAGGAGGUGGACUCCACUUUCCCUAACAAGGGUCCUGUUGAGUACCAGGCUCUGAUGGAGAUGGAGUAUCUAGAUGGCGUCAUCAACGAGUCUCUCCGAUUGUACCCAAUUGCCCCACGUCUGGAGCGUGUGGCCAAGGCGACUGUGGAGAUAAAUGGCCUUGUGAUUCCCAAAGAUAUGGUAGUGGUGGUACCCACAUGGACCCUUCACAGGGACCCUGAUCUGUGGCCCGAGCCAGAGGAGUUCAAACCUGAGAGGUUCAGCAAGGAAAACAAGGGGAAUAUUGAUCCGUACACAUACAUGCCUUUCGGGGCAGGACCCAGGAACUGCAUCGGGAUGCGAUUUGCUCUGGUGAUGAUGAGACUAGCAUUGGUGGAGAUCCUGCAGAGGUACAGCUUCUCUGUGUGUAAGGAGACUGAGAUACCCUUGGAGAUGGACGUCCAGGGUCUGCUGAUGCCAAAACGUCCAAUUCAGCUGAAGCUGGAGGCACGUUCUUAACCCUUAAACUGAAAAAACAAGAAGAUAAAGGUUAAUCAUUUUAGCGUUUAUGCAUACAGACCUAAUAAUUACAUACAUUUUACCAAGGUAAAAGUACAGUUGUGUGUGCAAUUGUAUCAGUUACUUCUUUUUUUCCUGUCAAAGCUUUAAUGUCAAAAUACAUUGUGUUACAAAUGGAUAAUUUGUAAAGCCUGUGUUAACGAUAAAAUAAAUUGAUUUUUUCUCAUAUGCACUCUCAUUUUUAAAUGUGAUUUACACUGUCAGAGCAGCAUGCAAUGUACAGGGGCUAAAGAUGUGUCUGAACAACAGAAGCAGGACAGUAACAUGUUGAUACUUAAAAUAAAUAUGUUUUAUAUGAGGGUCAUUGUUUUAUAUGAGGGUCAUUUUUCCAGUUGGUAAGACAACUUACGAUAGACUUUGAUCCCAAACAACAGCACCAUGUCUAAUUGCCAAAUAAUAUAGCUAAAUCAACACUUCUCUGAUAACAAAACAGAGGUGAUUACUGAAAUGUAUUGCAGGCUGAUUGCACGGGUUUCAUUACAUUUUGCAGGUGUUCAUGUUUUUGUUUUCACCCUGUGUCUGUGACUAAAAUAAAAAAGUAAAUAGAGUUUGUUCAGAUAUCAGCCAGGAAGUGAGUUAAUGUUUUAUCAGAUAUUUCAGUAAUAAAAAGCAUAAAGUGGA